CCGUUGGAGCCAAAGUUUCAUUCUCUACCUUUUUCACCAUCAUUCCUUUUUUUCAAAUCCCUACUCUCUCUCUCUCUCUCUCAUCGUCUGUGUCAAUUGGAGUCUGUUCGAUCGGAUGCAAUGCUCAGAGUGGCCUCGACUCGAAAUCCAGCCGAUGGACUGAAACCAGAUUUUGAGGACUUAAUCCCACCUCCUUACUGCUACUCGACCAGAAUAUCAGCCCCAUUAGAUUGAUCAAAUCCAAGAUGUUAAAGUCUCCUAUUUUGGUUCUAUUGCUGCCCUACGAUUCUGGUCUUAUCUUGGAAUCCUAACCUAACACUUCGGAAGACCCAGGAUCCACAUUAAAAGAAGGAAACCUGGGAAGAUGCAUGCAUAUUGGACAUUUUGGGGUUUAGCUCUAAUCUUGGACGGCUGCAAAAGAUCUUAAGAAUUUUCCGCAAGAAGUUGAGUACUCCUGAUGGUUCAACAAAUGAUUGACCCUAAAACCAAUGACUUGGGGUUAUCCAACAAAGAACAUGGCUUGCCCAGAUCUGACAAGCAACAAUUAUCAGUAAAGAAAACAGCACUGAGAGACUUGCAGAAUGAUAACAUACUCAGACCAAAACCUCUUGGGAACUCUCAUUUUCUAAAGGAUAGAGGGUCCACUAUGGCUGCUGUUAAGGUUUCUGGAAUAAAGAGAACCACACCUGAAUGCCCCACAAGCCCCUCUGGUCUUCAGUCUUCAAGCAAUAAUAAUGCAAAUGGACAUCUUGUGUAUGUCCGAAGGAAAUCUGAAUCAGAAAUUGGAAAGAGCAGCACUUGUGAAAUCAUGGAAAAUAGUGCUGAUUGUCCACCACUGAGGCAGCUUAACCAUGGGGAACAAGGAACUUCACGGCAACAAAUACAGAUGAAGGACUCCAAGAUUUCUUGUUUUCCAGCAUUUGCACCCAUUCCAAUGGCUCCUCCUAUGAUUUUUUCAUCAGGUGGACCUACGGUUCCUCUCUCUCUUGGGAAGAGUGGUACUUGCCUAUCACUAGCAGAAUCAAAUUGUCCAGCAGUUUCUAGUGCAGUGCCAUUUUUGGCUAGUCCUCCAGCAAGUAAUGAACCCUGGAGAGAACGGUCCCUCCGGCUGCAAACAUUCUUAAGGAACUGUGACCAUUCAAGUCAGGAGGAAUACAUCCAGAUGCUCCGAUCCUUAUCCGCAGCUGGUCGUAGCAAAGAGGCUGUUGAGUUAGAGAAAAGAGCAAUCCAUCUUUUGUUGGAAGAAGGGAGGGAGUUGCAUAGGAUGAAGACUCUGAAUGUGUUGGGGAAAUCUACACAAAAGAGCAUCAUAUCACCUUUUACUCAGGCAGUGCAAUCUGAGAUGUGAGAAGAUGCCACGAGCAUCACUGACAAUGUAUGCUUCAGGAAUGACAAAGGGCAUGGCUUCCAAUUCUUUCCUGUGGUAGAAAUUAAAAAUCAGUGGUAUGGGAUUCUCUCUGUAAUAUUAGGUAGUGCACAAUUUAUUCUCCUCUCUUAGUGCUAGAGUAGAGAAAGCCCAAACUUGAGCAGUAAAUGUCAACAAAUUGACUCUGUUCAAAUAAAAUGUGCUUUUAUGGCUGUUAUUAUUAA